AUGAGGUUGAAAAUAGUGGUUUUGUGCUGUGCUUUUCUAACAGUGUUUUGUCAAGAUGAAUCUUUCGAGGACUCGUCAGAAAACACAAGAAUACUGGAAGGAGAAAAAAAGCUCAGUGACAAUUUACUGUCUAUUUUGGAGCACUUUAAACAACGCGACCCUGUGGGUCUUCCAGGGGCUCAGAUACCAGAUCCUUACCCAGUCCCGGACAUGAAGCAGCCCCUCAGCUUGGGAACAAUGUAUUUCAAGAACACAGCUGUUUACGGUAUUAGCAAGUUUCGUAUUUUGUACGUGAAUGCCGAAAUCGGUACUAUGGAGGUACAAGCUGCGAUGAGUAUUGAUACAUUACAAGCUCGAGGCAAUUACACCUUGUCUACUUGGCUGAACAGGGCCCAAGGACCAUUCACUGUCGAUAUCUCUGGGUUGAAGAUUACGGCCAGAGCAAACCUCGGUGUAGAACGAGAUGGAAAACUUCGAGCACAAGAUAUAGUUAUCGAUCUUGGAUUUAACACGAUUGCUGUCAAUUUUGAAAAUUUAGGCUUCUUUGGUGGAAUGUUCCAAGGCAUUAUCAAUACCGUGGGAAAUGUUAUAUUCGACUCCAUCAAACCGUACGUUCUUAAAGAGGCAUACACUAAAGCCAGAGCCGAAAUUAAUGCAAAACUGGACGAAGUAGCUGGUGAUAUGCAGUUCCCAAACUCCAUUUCACCUCUAGAUAUGGUGAUCAUUGAUGUUAGGAAAAAAGUGAGAGAUAUGGAAUUAGAUCCUUAUCAGAUUAAAGAUUAUAACACAACAGUAAGCAUAUUCACAGUUUCACUUUCUAAUACAUGGGUCACUGGUAUAUCCUCGUUUCAAAGGGUCGGCAAUAUUACACUAAAAAUGGAGAACCACACUGCAAUAGCAGAUUUCGAAAUUGGCACUCAAAAACUUGAGGGUAGAACACAGUGGGAUAUAUCAGCUAUAGGAGGACUUAUGUCAAGGGCUGGCACGGCAUCGUUCUCAGUGGAAUAUAUUAGUGCUAGAAUAAUAUUGGGUCAGCCACUGGAUACUAGAGAGAAACCCAUUUUCAAAGGGAUCGAUUUAGAGAUAGGCAAUAUUCAGGUUCGUUGGAACGGAGCUGGUACUAUAGAUUACGUUAUUGAAUUCGUGGUAAACAUUCUCCCAAAUCUACUCAGAUAUCAGAUAAUGGAUGCCAUUGAAGGUCCUAUCAAAGAAAGAAUGCAACAGGAAUUAGAUAAAAUUGAUGUAGAAGAAAAGUUAAAAAAAGAUAUAUUACCAAAGUUGGACCAAAUGGAAGGCAAAGGCUUUAAGUUGUCUUCACUUAAAGAUCCAGAAACUGAAAAUAAAGUUUAUGAUGAAGAUGAGUUUUUUAAUUUUUAA